GAAUCUUGUAUUUACUACAGACACUACAACAUUUGAAGCUUGUAAACAAUGUAUUCUUCAAACGUUGGAACUCUUGCUCUUUGUUGUUUGUUUCUCCAGGGAUUUACUGAAGUUACUGGUAAGUCGAGUCCUUUUUUUAUGAAAAGCCCUGUAGCGAUUGACGCCGGCCGGUUUGUAUACUGAUCCGUUAUUUACAUAUACAGUCAUGUCUGUCAAACACGGAAAGCGUGAGGACAGCAGCAGUUCUAGUUACCGUCUGUCUGUCGUUAUGUUGGUUAUGGGAAGAGAAAGAAAAUUAUCAAGGUCGAGGAGGGAAGAAAAUAAACAAAAAAUUAGCGAAAAGGGGUAAAUGGAGGAUGACGUUGAUGGGGUACGUGUACAGAACAAAACAUGUACUUGGAAAAUCAGCUGGAAAAUAAGGAUGGAAGAAUACUUCACAGAGUUCGGAUGGCAAUUUCCAACGAAGUUUCUUUGUAGUACUUGCGUGUAACUUUGUCUUUUAACCAAGCGGCAGGUUGGAGUAUUUUAGUAUUUUAGAAUGAAUAAAAUGAAAUCGAUGAUAAUUACGUUCUGUAUCAAGAGACUCACUUGUUCAAUCGAUGCGCUCAUUCAUGAUCAUCGACUUUUAAUUUGAUGUACGUCAACGAGUGUCAAGUGAGUAAAAAAACUGUAUGGACUGGAUUCUGGAACAUUCCAUGAAGCAUUCAAAAUACAUCUUAGUCAGCUUGAAUGUCACCAAGUCAAAAACUAUACUUUUUUAAUUUCUCAGUUGAUUUAAAGUACACCAAAGGGCACGAUCAAGUGUAAAACUCAUUGAAUCGUGUCGAUCAAACUGACAUCAUAGUUAGUGCCGAUAAAAAUAUAAAUAUUAAUUUUUUGAAAAAAAAAAAAAAACUUGCAUAAUCGCUUGAGCUUGGGGCCAAAUGACUCACUCGCUUAAUUAAUUAAAAACUCCCCGAGAAUGACAGGCUAGGAGAAGAGAGGAAAAUCAUUUUUUGCUCUCUGCCUCUCCGUUUCUCCAGUUUCUCUGAAUGUGUCUCUUCUUGCUCGGCUAAAAAUCGCCUGUUAGCAGAACAUGAAUUUAGUAACGAUACUGAGAUUUCACACAGUAGCUUUCUGGACAGCGUGCAGUUCGCCAAAGUGAUUUCGUAAUGUUCGAUCGCCUGCCAAUUUCUACAAAUCAACAGUAUGUCCAGCUGAUUUCUGCUGUCGUUGAAAACUGCAAAUUAUCCGAAUUAAGCGUUUUCAACAUCACACGAAGCAUUUCUACACACCUUCGUAGAAACGGCGAAGUCUGAGGUCUAUGACGUAUUUCCGUUUUCGGUACUUGAGUUUCUUUCUGCUAUUAAAGUUCUUGUCCAGGCUUCUCCCGGAUAGCGUUUUUUUUUUAAUUAAAAAUGCGUCGUCCUGUCGUCGAAGGCAAGUUAAUUUGCGUUAGUAUUAGAACAGUAUGGUAUCGUUAUUUUUGGACUGCUGCUCACAUUUAAACCAUUCUCGGAGACACAUAGUUUUUAAAAGCGAUUAGUUUUUGUAAUUCUUUUCAUAGUGAAGGGGAUGAGUAAGCCGGAAACAACAAUUCAACAAUCUUCCUUGGAUUUGGCUACUAACGUCACUGCGGCCAUUUUGGUUUGCAAGAACAAAAGCAUUUCCCUCCACUACCUAAACCAUGCUUUCACGCAAAUUCUGCGAAGAGAGCGAUAGUUUCCGUACUUUGCUUUUUUUUUUUUUUACCUUCUUUCUUUCUUUUUUUAUUAGUUUUUUAUAGCUACGUUUGGAACUCUUACUGCUGGUCUUAAGCCUAAUGAAGACCAGUAGUUCGCGGUCGAAACGUCGUGAUCUAUAACAAUGUGACUGUCGUGAGACAACCAACGAACCCUCAUACCUGACGAUUAAUUAAUAGUGUCUUUCAUUACCACUGAGUACUCGCGCAACUGAAACGAAAUGCUUUUAUCCUGGCCCUGGCCCAGGCCCAAGACUAAUUUUUUUUUUUUUAAAAAAAGAAAUUCCAAUUUUUAUUUUUAAUCCUUUGAAGGGAUUAAAAAACAAGAAUCAGCCAUACAGGGAAUACAAGCUUAGCUUAGACCUCACAAUUGCGUGACUUCCUGACGAGGAGCAAACUGAGGGGCACAAACUCAAAAUGACUUAAUCAUUGAACUACUUGAAUUAACUAAAACAUUUGAGUCAGUCCAAAAAUGUAUUCCUCCGAGGUUGCGAACUUGGUUUUUUGUAGUUGGUUUCUCCAGGCCCUUCCUGAAGCUACUGGUAAGUCAAAAUUCCGUUUCAGGAAAAGCGGCAUGGCAAUGAUUAACGAAAUUGUAAACUUGGCUGUGUUACUCAGUCGACACUUUCGAAGAUAACACACACUUAACGAGCAAUACACAUUAUUCGUUAAAUUUGGAAAUCUGACUGAAGAGUAAUGGUAGUCGUUUACAAAAUGCCGUUGUGCAGUUGCAGGCUGUCAGGGUCUACGUUUCGGACUUUUUUUGGCUUCUAUACGUACCCAAACUACCGGUAACAAACUAAUUGAAACUUCGUGUCAAAGGUCAUCUAAAAUUUUAAAACAAGCUUAACUCACUCGGACUAGACGCUCAUAUUAAUUGUUCUUUUUUUGCUGGGGCUAGCUACAAGGCAACAACAAUGACAGUUUUAUAGCAUUUAGAAAUUUUUCUCUUUGCAUUGGUAUCUGUUUACAAGUAUUGUAAAAAUCGAGUUUCUUUUUGCGAAAAUAAGUAAGAUUUGGUGGUUGAUCUUGAACAAUUCAUCAAGAGACACUAAGCACUCAUGUUGUUCUGGUGCUGGGGCUAGAUACAAGGCAACAACAAUAACAGUUUUAUAGCAUUUAGAAAUUUUUCUCUUUGGAUUGGUGUCUGUUUAACAGUAUUGUAAAAAUGAAGUUUCUUUUUGCAAAAAUAAGUAAGAUUUGGUGGUUGAUCUUGAAAACCGUGACAAGGUCUAUAGUAUUCAUUAAGAGACACUGGAGACGAAAGCUUUAAAAUCAUGAAAUUUAAAUCGUACUUAUUCAGUGAAGUUUUAAUCUUCUAUGAUAUGCCCAGCAGUACGUCAGCAGUGCUAGGGAUUUUGCGAGACUCUUAAUUUAACGAUUUCCUAUAGAAAAUUGGGAUUGGAGAUUGAGAGAGGAUCCAGGAUCGAGAAUCGGGGAUCAGGGAUUAAGGAUCGUGGAUCGAGGAUAGGGGAUCGAUUUUCUUUUCUUUGUUGCUUUUGUCUUUUUGUUUGUUUGUUUGUUUUUAUCCCAGUAACUAUGUAAUGUACCGGUCGAUUUCAAAACUGCCCAUCCCGUCCCCCGGGCGGCAUAUUCGUUUUCGGUCCUUUGCAGUUUAAAUGUCAAUUUAUUACUUACUUUUUGGGGCCGUAGGUCCAUUAUAGAUCCGAUAUGCUGUUCAUUUUUUGCAUGGUUUUGCCCAUGUUUCUAAGGUUGGUUUUGUCCAUCCGAGACAUCAUAGACAUGCACUUGGACUCUUGCCCUCUCUCGGACACGUGAUAUGGCGUGAUUCUGUGAGUGUUUGAGUUCGGUGUCAGGGCUCCUAAACAGAGUGUGCGGGAAUCGAAUUUUGGAGCAUAGCGUCUCUGUUCGUUGCGCCGUACUGACGAACAACAAAAAUGGGGAAACAGCUGUCUACUGCUACGACCCGCUCUGUUUUUUCUUAUUCAGUGUCGUGUUGAUGUCUUCCGAAGUUAAUUUUUACUUAGUAUGAUCAGCUUUGCAGAAUUCAGUGUGUAUACCCCUAGGCUGCGAAAACAUCCGUUUCUCCUCGUUUACCCCGGGCAUUUGACUAAAGUUUUGUUCCGUACAGUGGGAAAUUAUGAGGCCCGCUCAGCUCAGUCGGGCAUUUGAGCUUUGUGUCAAAAUGCUGGUCAGCGUUGCAAGCAAAAGGAUUUUGUAAUUCUUUUGGCAUUUAGAACGGUGUACCGCGUUCACAGGCCAUUCCUCCUAUUUUUACUGUUUUGUUAGAGCAUUUAUUUAAGAGCCUUUGAAAAAGCCCGUUUAAUGUUGCAGUAACGUGGGCUUUCUGGAAUGAACAAUUUCAUUGAAAAGAACAAACCUCCGUAAGACAGUUUUCCAAGACUUAAGCUAAAUAUUUCAGUUAUGUCUAGAAGGAUAUUUACAUUUGAAUAAAACGGUAAUGACUCAUGGAAAGAUUUUGGAAUGUAGUCGUUGGUGGGUGGGGGAUUUGACGCUCUUAACCGGUGGGGCAUGUGCAUUUGACCGGCUAAACGGCUAAAGUUUUUCAAAAAAGUUAAAUGCAAGGGGGGGGGGGGGGAAGGCGGGGCAGGGGGGGUUUUGGGUUUGACUGGUCCAAAACAGAAUAAUAAAAAACCAAAUUCGGAGCCAAAGGUACUAGAUUCAUCGUAUGGAAUUGCCAUGUUGCAUUACAUUGUAUUGUUGUAUUUUAUUUAUUUAAACCUUAAUUUAAAUUAAUAAUUUAAAUUAAUCAGGAAAUUGUCGACCGUGUAUUGUGUAGAUGGAAUGUGUUCUUAUGUAGAAAAAAGGGUAAGGUGUUGUGGAAAUGGUGUGGGAGGGUGGGGGGGGGGGGGGGGGGUGUGGUCCGUUUGGGGGGGGGGGGGAGUUUAUUGUGGGGGGGAAAAGGGAGAAAGUUUUUAAAAAAAGGGGAGGGGGGGGGGGGGGGGGGGGGAAGGCUGGGCAUGGGUGGUUUUGGGAUUGACUGGUACAUAACAGAAUCAUAACAAACCGAAUUCUGACGCAAAGUUCAUAGAUUCAUCGUAUGGAAUUGCCAUGUUGCAUUACAUUGUAUUGUUGUAUUUUAUUUAUUUAAACCUUAAUUUAAAUUAAUAAUUUAAAUUAAUCAGGAAAUUGUCGACCGACGUUUCAAAAUUUUAUUUAUUUGUGCAUUUUCUUUUUUUUUUGUAGGAGAUCUUGGAACACAGGAAAGCAUCGCUCUCGGCGUUUCCUUAGGAUUAACAAUUUUUAUCGUGUCAUUUAUUGGUUUCUUCUUGUGCCGUGCUCUAUAUUUUGACAGAGGUGUAAAUUUCAAAGUAAAUGACGUUGAUAAAGUGAGUAUAAUAUUCGUCAUAAGUUUGCACCACGCAACAAUGGCUAGGUACAAACUUCGUCGUCAUCACUAUCAUUAUCAUUAUUAUUAGUGUUCAGUUCAUGAGACCGUAUUUCUUCUCCAGAGGCGGGGUUCAAACCUUCAACCUGGGGCGCUUGAUAGUUGCUCUGUCUAUAUUGUCACUUGAUGGAUAGGAGCGAACUUCCCUAGAAUAUAUACCUUGGGCAAUGUUGUCUUUUGAAUUUCCCAGAGGAUGAUGUUUCCUGGUGAUUUCUCUAACGAGCUUCUCUGAGCCUUUCUAAACCACUUCUACUACGCUUACGACUACUGGGAUUUGUUCUGUCUUCAUCUGCCACAUUCUGGUGAUUUCUACGGGCCGGUUGUUCAAACGCUGGAUAGCACUAUCCACCGGAUAUAAAUCUAUCCAGUGGAUAACGCAGUUGGUUUCCCAAAUAUUUAUCCGCUGGAUAGUGAUUUAUCCGGUGGAUAGAGCUAUCUAACGUUUGAACAACCGGGGCUAUACUUGAAUUCUUUUUCCGAAUUCUUGGUGGAAGUGAUCUAUCAUCAUUAUUAUUAUAGUUAUCAUUAUCAUUAUCAUUAUCAUCAUCAUUAUUAUUAUUAUUAUUAUUAUUAUUAUUAUUAUUAUUAUUAUUAUUAUUGUUAUCAGUUACACUUAUUAUCUGUGUAUUUCCAGGAUAUUCCUGCUGAAACUGGAGGUGUAAACAUGGAACCACCGCCUUACCGAUACAGAUAUCAGAAUGCUUUUACAGAGACAGGAAGCUUUCAUAUGGAAACUUCGCCGACCCCAGCGCAUUACCAAAUAGUUAGCAAUGUUUAG